AUGGCAUUCAAUUGUCCUUACUGUGGCCAUGCCGCACAUUCUACAGCGAUGUAUAUGACCUGCGAGGAAAGCACAUUAUGUCAGCAGUGCGGUCUAUCAGAGUCCGACGCCUGGCUUCGAAACCAAGAGGAUGAACUCGUGGCUCGCCUUUCUGCCUAUAGCAUCACGCCACAAGUCGAGCAUGUUUCAGUGGAGAGCAAACCGGCUGCUAAUCGCAUCGUCUAUGCCUCUGCUGCAGCUCACAGCUUCAUCGUAUCACCGUUUAAUACAAAUGGUCAUCAGAGUGUACCCAGUAAAGGCAAUGGAGCUACCUGGGUAGCGCAAACGAAUCCGAUGCACUCCGAGGCAUUUGUGCCGACUGAGUCACUUCAUAUGGAGAUGGAUAGCGAACUAGAACUCUCUGAUACUGCGACAACAGACAGCAAGCGUUCGAGUUUCAAUGUUGACAACAACUCUGAUUCACAUUUCGUCGGCGGCAUGGACUCUGAGAUUUCUGAGGCCGAGCCGUACAUGUCGCUUGGAUACGAGCAUGAUUACGGCAGCAACACAGUAAACCAAUCUCAAAACCAAGGCUUAGCUCAAGGAGUGCAACUGUCUCAAGAACCGUCCACUGGGUCGACAUACAGUCCAUGCAAGGACCCGGUUUAUAACGCGCGGAGUUGGUGGGAUUAUGGUGGAGGGCUUGAAUAUCGCUGGGACUGUAUGAGGGAGAAUGCGAUGUGA